CGGCGUGGGAAGGUUGGGCUCGAUUAGGAGAAAUGCGUGUCAGGGUGGCGAGGAAAGCCCUCCCUGUGCAAACGCUAGGCCGCUCGCGCGGGUGCCUAACAAAAGGCCGCCUUAUCUGGGUGACUUGUUACCUGUCCGUACAGGCACACAGAUUAGGGCGUUAAUUUAUGUGCUCGGGGAGAACACAAAAGACCUCUCAGCGGGGUGAUGAUUUAUGAACGCGGCACCAGAGGAACCAGGGUCCUGCCCGUAUCUGGCUGGCUCUGUUUUGUUUGGCGGCUGUUGACUUGGGCAACAUCUAGGUAGGGGUUGGCUCUUUGGUGCGUGGGGAUUUUUUUUUUUUUCCUCUCCAACUAGCAAAAUUAGUGCAGGUGAAGCGUAGUGUCGUGGCCGCUCUGGUGCCUGAGGCGAGAGGGACAACGUGGGAAGCGGGGAAGGGGCGCAGGAGAGCUGUGCCGGGAAGCUGAAGGCAUCACGGGAGCAGCUUGUUCUCUCCUGCUGGGGGAAUUAACCCCAGGACGGAGCCAGCCAGCACGUCCCAUGGGUCGUCCCAUGCCGCAGUGCAAGCGUGGCCCAUGGGUCGCCGCUCCUGCAAGGCAGGCACAGCCGCGGUAGGCGAGAGAGCAGCUCGCUUUGCGUGCCCCAUCAGUCGGCAGCCUCUCCUAGCAGCUUCUGGUGGUUAGAGAGGAGUAACGGAGUCGUCGCUGGUGCACCUCUACUUAGCCGGAAAGUUGAUUUACAAGUAUGUGGUGUAACAACACCGCAUGCGCAUAAUCCUUGCGGGCUGCCACCCUAGAACAGAGCCAGGCAGGGGCUGCUUCACUUGAAACAAACUUAUUUUCUAGGAAACGUCUGGCUAAUGCAACAUGACUAAACAAAUGCUGCUCUGGUGCUUUGUCACCGUAUGGGUGGAAGCAUAAAGUGAUGUCUCUCCUCUGCAUUUGAUGCACAGGACAUGUCCACUGGGUCCAAAACGAGGUGCAGUCUUCUCACUGGGAGCUGUGCCACCAGUACACCACAUAAAAAUGCUGAACUAUCUGCAGGGACCCUCCAGGGGUCCUGUAAAAGGCCUUGAACAGCUGGGACUUUAGGGAUGAGGCAGCUGGGAUAAACUCCCACAGGUUUCCUGGAUUAGAAAUAUCUCCUAAUGUCCUAGUGGGAGGUGUGAGACACCAAGCUUGCUGGAUCUGCUCAGUUCUCCAGACAGGAGGUAGGAGGGGCUCCCCGUGCCGCGUGCAGUGGGUAAAUUGGAGGGUCCAGCCCCCUGACGUGUCCCUCUGGGAGGGCCCUGUGACAUGCCCGGGGUGGGGAAGGGGGCUGGUUCUGCUGCAUGAGGAGGGACAGGCAGAGGCAGAGCCCCAUGAGCUCUGCUCUCAUGGGAGAGGUCAGGGGCUUGGAUUAGCGGCCAUGUUACUUGGUUCACAUGUCCAAGCUGUGUGCCGCUUCUUGAAGUAUUUGGUGCUUCAGGGCCACCAGCUAGAAGCCAGCAGGUUGUAGCCAGUCUGCAAUGAUGCUUGCAGAGCUGCUAUCUGCACUCCUAAACACUUGCUACAGCUUCCCCCAGUACCCAAAUUCCUGUGUCCAUGGGGGUCCUUUCUGGACAGUUAACUAUCUAAACCCUAUAGGAGAUUGAUUGAUCACUUUGCAGCAAGGAGACACUUUCCUAAGGAAUAUGAGCAGAAGAGAUCUCCAAAAGACAGAUGAGUGGUGGGCUAGUGGGUUUCCAACAUCUCCAAAUUAAGGGAGCGAGUCAGUGAAUGUGGGAGCAGUUUGGGGCUAAGGGCUCUGCUCUCUGCUUGGUUUGUGUGUGUGCUGCUGAAGGAUGAACACUACCAGGACCCAUGGCAGGAUGCUGCCCAAUGGUCCCCUCUCGGCAUUAAGCUGAGCCUUGGUGGCAGCCCUGCCUUCUGCUGGGCUCCUCACUGGUGUGUGCGAGAGGUUGCCCCAUGAAGAGACAUAGUCCUUCCUACCCACAGCCUCCAUAACCCGAGAUCUUUUGGGAUAACUCAGACCAUCUCCCGACAGCUGUUAUUUCCACUGCGGUCUCUGAGGAAGAGUGUGGAAGAGCUGUGAUUACAUGCCAAGGCUGCAUCUUUUGGACGGGGGGUUCAGCUUUAUGCAAACUCUGUCUGGUUCGGUCUAUCAUGAGGGAGAAAGGAACGGGCAAGAGGGAAGAGUCUCUGCAAGAAGUCUGCAGUGUGGGUGUUGCCCGUGCCCCUCCAAGGUGCUGGUACUGCUUGAACAAGGCUGACUUGAUACAGCCAUGCUGCAUGGCCUCUUACUGCAGUGGGGCUGCAGCGACCUCAACUGAAGUGUGAAGUCCCUUACUGCUGCCCGAGGGGUCCCAGGCAACGCACCCUGCCUUUGCAGAGUGCUGUGAGGGUACCAGCCCGACACAGUGACUUUCCUCUUUGAGUUAGGGUACUCCCAUGGCGCAGCAGUAUAAAAUAGCCCAGAGCUGAAGCCAACUCCCCCCCCCUUCCGCCCGCCCCAAGAUCAGAGGGGUCUAGGGACAGCUGAACCCAAGUGACAGAAGUACUGGCCCUUUGUCCUCCCCUGCAGUGGCCACUUCCAUCACCUUCACUUGCCAGUGCUGGGGUUUGGAUUUCCCACCAGCCCUGACCUGCUGAUCUGUUUUUAAACCGCUUCCAAGCUAGGUUUCCUUUGCUUAAGCUGAGCUAGCAAAAGCCUGCAAUAGCCCCACUUUGGUUUUUGGCUUUUUUUCCUGUUACUGCAGUUUAGCUGAUAACUCAAGACCUUGACUCUCUUCCUCUGCCAUUUUUGGAUGGAGAUACAUCUGUGGUGUGGAAGUAAUGUAACAUUCAAGAAGUCACGUCCCUGCUGCUAAGGGGAUGCUGUCUUUGCACUAGACCACAAGAGCAGAGCUCCUUGUUUCUGUGAAUGCAUAACGCCUAAGUAGAUCUACCAAAUCUUUGCUUAGCCGAAGCUUAGAAACGUAAUGUUAACUCAGGGCUAUACAUUUUUGAGGGAAGAGAAAUGGCUGAUCCUCCUGGUUAUGACAGUAUAAGAGCCAGAAGCUAGGCAGAGGCAGUCCUGAGAAUUUAUCUUUCCCCCUAAGUGAGCUGUGAGCUCUCGAUCUUUGCAGAUGCCUAAUAUUCUCCCCCCGCCCCUUUUCAGACUGUCAUCCAUUUAAUUUACCAAGAAAAUGUUUCUACUGCUUUGCAAUAAACUCUUAGACACCACGAUGGUGAUCCUGUCUUGUCCCAGACCUGUGCCAGUGUAACUCCUACGUCCAGUGGACUUCUAUCCGUAGAAGAACUGAGCAGAACUGAGCUAGCUGUGCUCUGGGGUGAAAAGCUUUUUGGUGGAAGUGGUGAGGGCCAAUUUUGGUGUCCUUGAGAUGCCAUAAGAGAGAGAAGGCGAUUAUACUGGUGCAGUUGGGGCACGAGCGCAGGGAUGAAUUGUUAAACACUUCAACAGGAUGUAUUAAGAGGCAACAUCAGGCAGGAGUAAGACAUACAGCUCAGCUGAGACAGUUGUGCCAGUGGAUCUGCUAGGAAAAGUCUUUCGUCCUAGUUUGCUAGUUAGCUCAGUCAUGUUUCCUGCUGGGUUGAGGGUUUUUUCCCCCCAAAUUACGAGUUUCACAGAAUUGCCCCCUCCCCACUCUUCCUUUAAACAAAAGCUGUUUUUAUUUAUUUAUUUACUUACUUACUUGGAAAUGGAGACAGGUCAGAGUAAUCUCACACGACCUGGUAGUGCCCAGCGAUAUUCUAAAGAACUCAUCCAUAAACAGCAAUUAGCUUUUAAUCGAAGCAUGGCUCCCGGCCACCCCUCGGGCCCGCGGGGAACAGGGACUCGGGCUCUUUGUUGCCUGCCAGGGACCGGGAGGGGGAUCUCGCAGGGCAUGAAAGGAAGCAGGGGCUGGCCGAAAGGAGUAAGAUGCUCAUUUCGGCCCCACCCCCUUACUGCCCCCAAAAGCUCUUACUUUCAGAGCAAAGCACUAUUGAAGCGUUAGGACAAUAGAGACCAAAUCCUUCUGGGGGAAGGGAGGUGCUGGUCGUUGCAUCUUUUGUUACUUUUACUUCUUUACUCGAUUAUGGCCCCCCUCCCCGCCCCCGCCAAAAAUCCACAUAGAUGCUCGCUGGAUGAUAAUGCAAUCACUUUCUGGGGACCUUGCUAAUAGGAUUAUAAUUAUUACUGGCGAUGAACUGAAGUGAAUAGAAUAUUUACCACUUCAUCUAAAAUUAUUGUAAAUCCCUCCAAAGCAGCCCUUUGAUAUGUAAAGCGCUGCCCCCCUUCUCCCCUCCCCGAGUGAAGAUCAUUAUGUAGUGGAAGUUCAGAGCUUUUAAGUAGGACGGGGGACAGAAAGAGGCUUCGGUGUUUACAUAAAGAGGAGGGCCUAUAUAAUGAACUGGCGGAGUUGAUGAACCUCUCGCCUGGCUCCGGCAGAGCCAGUUUUAACUUCUCAGGCUGUUGUUGGGGGAGGAGGGGAGGAAAUAAUUGGGAUUUUCCCCCCACCCCGAGCCAGAGGAAAGCCCCACGUCUCUGCAGCGUGUGUUCGGUCGGUGCACAAGAGCCACCUGAUGACAGUGGCACUGUUUGGGAUUUGCUCCGUAGGGCUGGAAUAGCUUCUGUGUGAGGAGUCCUCAGCCUAGCAAAAAGCCAUCUUGGGGGCAGAUGCAGUAGUCUGCAAAAUGUGAGCGGGGCUGGAGAUAGUGGGCAGAGAUGGGCCGAUUGGUGUCUCCUGGUGCAAGAACGGGGCUGCUGCGUGAAGCUGGGAGCUGGUGCACAACACACAAGCAGAGGAAUUAGAGCAGGGCAUGCAUGCAGAAAACUUACUUGGGUUCAAGAGGAGCCUGGACGAAGGGUAGGAAGAGAGAUCUGUCGAGGGUUACUAGACAGACAAAUUGCAUCAGGCCCAGGAAAGUCCCUGAGCUGAAUUUAGUUGAAGCCUGGGAGAGUGGAGGGGGAGUGGGGAGUACUGCUUGCCAGCUUCUUGCUCUGCCCAGGUCCUCUUAUGACCAGGAUCAGAGACAGGGAUCUGGGCUAGAAGAAGGCUCAGCCUGACCCAGGAGCAACUCUGGCCCCUGCCCCAGUGCGAGUACCUGAUCUAGAGACAGCUGUGAGCAGUGACUCCAGCCAGCAAAAGGGUUCUCUGUUUAUUUUUUUUAAAGUUACAUAUAUUUCGCGUUGGGAGAAGUCUGCAAAACACAGCUCUGAAUCGACUGCCACCAGAGCUUGUUCUUGCCAAACUUCAAGUAGCUGGUUAGCUGGCCACCAGGCAGAAGGGAGGAAGGGUUGCUGCCUGCAGUUGCGUUCUUAGGAGCAUCUGCAAAUAGAGUAUGUAUGUUUCUCCCGAGCUUUUCAGGCUGAUCCCCAACCCUUUGAGACUUUCCUCACAGAGGUUCCCAACAAAAGCUUCCAGAUCUGCAGCGAGAAGGUGCACCACUCUAUCCAGGUGCUUCCAGACCUCAAAGAAUGGCUUUGUGACUUUGCUUCUACCAUGUCUUCGGAGCGACAGCUGCAUGUCUUACCCACCAAUUGCAAAGGCGACUUUGUGAAGUUGUGUUUCUGCUUUCAAGUGCUUCAAGUGUUUCUGCUGCUAUAAGUUAUUCCCUGCCCUAUAGGCCAUAGUUAUACAAUGCGCCAUAUACGGCACUUAGUUAUACUAAGCUGCAGCCCUACAAGGGAUAACAUGUCAUUAUCUUGGUUACGAGUCUGCGCUUCUAAUUAUGCCACUCAAAGCUACGAGGUGGGGGAGGUAUUUGGGAGGGAAGUGUUUUUUUGGCUUGCAUUUGGGUCAGCCCUGAAAGCAAUGUGGCUCAGUGCCUUGGCACGCGGUGGGCGGGAGCGGGUGUCUGGAGGAAACCUUUGCGGCAGAGACUGGUUCUGCACAUAAAAGUGAUUCGCGUUCCUAGGACGGAAUGAACUGCUGGAGAAAGCUGCUGGUGGCACCUGAUUCAGUGGCCGUAAACUUUUCUCCCUUCCUGUCUCUUGCCGGCCCUGGAGGCAGGCAGUGUUUCCAACUGUGUCGUUUCUCGAUGCCUCCUGGCAGAACAAGCUGAAUGUUCCCACGCGUGACUUUGGGAGUGUCUUGCUGAGGCCUCCUUUUGCCCUGUUGAGCUGUUGUUUUUGGGAAGCUCGUUUCUACCAGUGUCACCUCCUUUCCUCCCACCUCGUCCAGCCAACGCUGAUGUCCCCUUCAUGGCAGGAAGCUGUGGACGGAUUGCCUCCCCGAGAAAGGGGAAGGUGGAUGCGUAGCUGAGGUCUGCUUAGAUACUGGCCUUUGAUCAACCUUGUUUCCUUGGAAGGACCUGGCUUUCACCUCUUACUGGGGGUUGUCCCAGCCCUUGCCAUUGGAGCGAAGAAGAAAGGCAGGAAGCAAGAGUUUUAACCUGCCCACGUGCUUCAUUUUUGGGGCCUGUCUGUACUUGGGUUCUCGUUUGGCGGCUUUCAGUCCAGGAGUGGUGGAGUUUGGAGCUGUCGUGCUGCUGGGCUGGCCACAGGGCAUCGUGCUGGGCGAAUGAGAGGUUGGUGUCAUGGAGGCAACAGCCGUUGUUUGUGCAUGGCCCAGGUCCUGCAGCCUGUGGUCACAUCCAGCUCAGUCCCGAUCAGGAGCUCAGACAGCUACUAACGCUGUAAGUCUUCUCUUGUGACCAUGCACAGCCCUGGUGGUGUGCUUAGGUGGUUGAACGUGAGCCUGAGAUGCUGAUUGGGUCUUCUCAGCUCUGUUAUUGCACCUGGGCAAGCUGCCUCCCUUCCCUUCGCCUGCAAAGAGGGGAAGAUCAGACUUCCUAUGCUGGCUUGCUGGGGCAGUGCUUAGGUCUGAUCUUGCCGAAUGCAGUGGUUUUGGGGGAUGCGUAAAGUCUUUCAAAAAAGCUAACAACAGCAGUGCGUCGUACCCUACUCGGGACACUGUUCUGCAUUGAUUUGCCUGGGCGGUUUGGCGCAAGCCAGAUUUGCGUGCGUGGAUUGGGUCUUAGCAGGGAGGCAGCGCAAGGCGAAAGGACCAUCUGCCAGUGCUCUGAAUCUCCCCUCACUCCCCAGCCUUUGAUGAGAUUUUUCAUCCACUUCAAAGGAAUUCAGAGCCCCCAGCUGAGGACAGAGCCCCGUUCCCACAGGGCACUGGCACGGCGUGGGGCUGUGCCUCCCACGGAAACUUGGGUGCCGGCUCUUCAGCUGCAUCAAAGCCCUGGAGCAGCUUUGUGAUGGAGAGCCUUCACACGCUAUUAUCCUCUCCCUCCUUCCCUCCCCUAAUCCCCAAACCCCCCAACAGGUGAAGGGGAGCUGGCAGAGCUCCUGGGGCAGGGAGAGAGGAGGGUGAGAAGAAGGUGACUUUCAGGCCCAAUUAUUUUUCCCCUUUUCCCUCCUCCCUUAUCUCCCCCUUGCUCACCCCUGAAGUUCAUUAAUUCCCAUCAUCUGUUUUGUGUAAAUGUCAUGGCAAGUGUUUGACGGGGCUGGAUAGAGUUACACCCGUUUCAAAAAGGCCGAGGCUGGUUCACAGCCGUUCCGUUUUAUUGUUGUAUAAUUUGCCAACCCAAACAAUGGGUUCCCACUUGAGACAAAGGCACACAUGUUGCCCUCACUGCCGGGUAAUAAAAAGAGGAGAGGCCAUGGUGCUACUGUACAGGUCCUUGGUGCGACGUCAAGAGACAAGAGCAGCCCAAGUGGGACCUCAUGCCCAGGACCCUCGAGGGGCAGAUCACCAUGGAGAAGACCCCCAGCUACUUUGUCACCAAGGAGGCUCCGGCCCGCAUCUCCUCCAUGUCCAAGGGCACAAAGCUUAUCGUGGUCGUGCGGGACCCCGUGACCAGAGCCAUAUCGGACUACACCCAGACACUCUCCAAGAAGCCUGAUAUCCCCACCUUUGAGAGCCUGACCUUCAAAAACAGGACUACGGGCCUGAUCGACACCUCGUGGAGCGCUAUCCAGAUUGGCAUCUACGCCAAGCACCUGGAGAACUGGCUCCUGUACUUCCCCAUCGGGCAGAUCCUCUUUGUCAGCGGGGAGAGGCUGAUCAGCGACCCCGCGGGGGAGCUGGGCAGAGUCCAGGACUUUCUGGGCCUCAAGAGGAUCAUCACGGACAAACACUUCUACUUCAACAAAACCAAGGGUUUCCCGUGCCUGAAGAAGGCGGAAGGCAGCAGCAAACCCCACUGCCUGGGGAAAACGAAAGGCAGGACCCACCCCGACAUAGACCAAGAGGUGGUGCAAAGACUGCGGGACUUCUACCGGCCUUUCAACAUGAAGUUCUACCAGAUGACGGGGCAGGACUUUGGCUGGGACUGAGGCUGGCGUGGGAAACUUCCCUGUAAUUACUUACCCAGCACGGUUUGCGUAUAUAAAGAGAUAUAUAUGUAUGUAAAAUGUACAGAAAUCUAUUUUAUAAUAAUUUAUUUUUAAUUCCUAAGCAAUUAAUUCACUAAGCUGCCUAACCGCACUGGCUAGAACGGUAGCCCAUAACCUGUUUAACAUUCCACGGUGUUUAAUUCUCCUUGUUUUUUUUUUCCUGUUUUCUCCUCUUUUUGGUUUGGUUUGUAACAGAUGGUGCUUCCAUUUUUUCCUAAACAAAAAUAUGUAUUUAAAAAUCAAAAAAAGGUGAGGGUGGGGCGGGAGGGAAAGCACAAAUUUAUUUUUGUUACGGGUAUCUGGCCUUUAUAAACACUUGCUUUCCCUA